AUAAAUGUCGACUGGUUUUUACAGCUGACAUCACCCAGAACAGAGAUGCUAUUAUAAAAGCCUACAGUGAUGAUGCAGGUGUUAAACAAACAUUCUACCAAUAUGGAGUCACAAGGAUGAACAAGGAGAACGGUAGUAAGAUCGACCUUGACAAGUUCACUUAUCAGUUAGAUUUUGUCCAUAACACAAGUCCUGAGAACAUGAGUUACGUGAGGUCUUACAUAGAGGCUAGCGAGGACAUCCGGUACUCUAUACCUGGAUUGAAUACUGACUUGGUGAUGGAAAAGGGAGAACGACUUUACUUCCACGAAGGUGCUGGACUUAGCUGUAAAUAUACCCUGGAACAGUUACAAACCAUUGUCCAGAAAGCUGGACUCCGCCUGGUGGACACUUUUAUGGACGAAGGGAAACACGUUGCUUUUUGUCAGUGUGUAACUAUAUAAAGAACAAAGUGUACAUUAUCAUAAUCAGUGAGCAACAUCAAACAAUUUAACAUAUUCAGUCAAGGGAAUGAAGGUCCAUGUAAGAAUGUUUAGCCAUUGGCGCUGAACAAAUCGUAUUUGCUUAUCAAUUAAAUACUUACACUGUGUGCUCGGAUUUCUUUGAAUUCAAAUUAUUAUCUUAAUGUAUAACAUAUAUUAAAUUUUUUAGAGUUUUUU